AUGGAAAAUAGCAAUUUACAAAACUUGGCUUCUGUAGAUCACAGAAUUAAAUAUCUACUAGAAGCUCUAAAAAAAGAACCCAAUGGGUUACAAAAACAUGAAGAAAGUGAAUUGUUUUUAUUAUUAUCACAAGUACGAGGAAUUGGAUCCAAGUGGUCAAAUCCUGAUAAGAUCGGUCAAGCAGAACUCUAUGAAGCCAUUAAUAGCGUCUUUAAUUCACUUAAAAAUUAUACAGAACACAGUGGACCUUUCCUUAAGAAAGUGAAUGCAAAAGAAGUCCCUGACUAUUAUCAAAUCAUCACCAAUCCUAUGGAUCUCAGUAUAAUAUCGAAAAGAAUAAAAAAUACACAUUAUAAUUCAAAGAAGGAAUUCUCUGAUGAUCUCUAUCUCAUCUAUUCAAAUUGUCUUUUGUACAAUACAAAUCCUGAUAAUGAGUAUCGAAAACAUGCGAUAGCAAUGAGAGAAAAAACAGAUGCAUUACUACAAUCAGUUCCAGACAUUACAAUCUUAAGUCGUGAGGAGUUCAUUUCACAGUUAAAAAAAGAAACAGAACAAAAAUCCAAAUCUGUUAACGGAAUUGAAGGUGCUCAGGCUAUUGAACUUUAUGAUGAUAACUCUGAUUCAGACUCAGGCUGUGAAGUAGAUGAAUGGGAUAUAAGGUUAAGACAAGAGUUCAAAGUACCUUUUCUAUCUCCAUUACCUUUAUUAUGGGAUCCUGAAAUCAAUAAUCCAAAUAGGAACAAGCUUUCAGAUCCAGAUUAUGAUCCAACUGAAAAUGCACCAACAAUUGAUGAAUAUCCUGAAGCACAAAUUCCAAAAACUGGAACUGCACCUAUAAUCGAUCAGAAUAUUGAAUUAUUGAAACAAUGUCACCCAAAGGAUUUACCACCAUUAGAAAUGAAUUAUGAAACGAGUUCGGCUGUGAUGAAGUGCUGUGUAGCAAAGUUAUUACAACAUUCUGGUUUUGAAUCAUCAAUGAACACACCACUUCACAUUUUAACAGAAAUUGCUGGUGAUUAUUUAAUGAACAUUGGUAGAACAUUUAGGAAAUAUCUUGAUGACUAUGAUAAAAAAAUGAAACCAGAAGAGAUAGUUGAGCAUGUUCUUUAUGAAAAUGGAAUAGGGUCAUUAAAUGAUAUUGAGUCUUACCUUCGAGAUGAUAUAUGUAGAUAUGGUACAAAGCUAAAGGAUUUAAGAAGAAGAUUGGAUACUGCUUUUAAUGAACAAAUUAUAAAUCCAGAUGGUAGUGGUGGCGGUGCCAACAAUUCAGAAAAGAUCAUCGAUGAAACACUAUUGGAAAAUGAAGAUGUAUUUGUAACUGGUAAUAUUGUUGAAGAGGUGGAUGAAGAUUUCUUUAGAUUUAAGGAACUCGGAUUGGGACCAUUAUCGGUUCCAAUGAAAUUAUUUCAUGGAACUAAUAAAACCAAAUACCCAGUUAAGAAAGUUGAUAAUUCACUAGAAAACAAAUAUUCACCACCGCCACCAUGGAAACCGAUUACAGAUUCAAGUAGUCGAAUUGGGUUAUUACAAGAAUUCUUCCAACUCAAAACUGAACAACACAAUGGACAAUUAAUUGAGGAUGAACAGUUGCCACCAAAACAAAAAUUCCAAAGGCCCAAAGUUCCGCCAACUGGUAAGAUACCACCUCAACCACGUCGACAACCACAAAAAUCAGUUGCUGAAUUGGCUGCAGCAUUAGCAGAGAAAAAAAGAAAAAGAGAGAAAGAGUUGGAGUUGUUAGAACAAAAAGAACGACAGAAAAAACUAAAACUUCAAGAGAAAGCAAAGAAGCAAGCAGAAAAGGAGGAACAAAAGAAACAAAAACAAUUGGAAAGGGAACAGGCCAAAAAGGCAGAGUUGGAGAGAAAGGCUGAGCUUGAAGUACAAAAAAGGGAGAAGAGACAAGCUGAACAAAAAAAGAAAAAACUGCGAAUUGAUGAAGUGGUGUGUGAUAGUAAUCUUUGUGCAAGUGCAAUUUCUCAAGAUGGCGAAUGGAUUGCAGUUUCUGAUAUAACACGUGUGAAGUUAUUUAGAGUUGUUGAUGAUAACAUGAAUGAUUCAGGAGGACUGGUUGUUCGUAAAAUAAAUUUUCCAAAAAUUGAUCAAGAAUAUAUUGGAGCUCAUCACCUUUUAUUUACUCCUGAUAAUAGAAAAUUGAUAGUGGUAUUGAAUGACUGCCGGAUAAUUAUUUUUGGAUUAGAUAUUUCAAGACGUAAUAACAAAAUAGAAAUCUUAACACAAUUUAAGCAAAUUCAAAACGAGCAAGAAAAAGGUUCGAUAACUUCAAUUGCUAUUAGUAAUGAUAGUUUAUGGUUGGCAUGUGGCGAUGAGUUGAAUAGAAUACGAAUUUUUAAUUUGGAAAAACUAAAAUAUCAUUCAACACUUCCAAUAUUUUCAUCAAAACAUGCGUCUUUAACUUUUGAUCC